UAUCUCAUGUGCCCUAGUUACUUUGUUAGGUUGUAUAUAUAUACGCUUGCUAUACUCUAAUGAGAAUAUGGAAAGUUAAUUCCUGAGAUGGUAUCGGAGCCACUAUUCCUCUAAACCCUAAAUCUCUACUUUCGCUGCCAAUCUCUAAAUCACUAAAUCUCUAAAUCAAUUUGUUACUCGAUUAUGGGGGAAGACAAGAUUGAUUCUGCCUCUCCUUUUUACCCUGGUUCGGGUGAUCAACCCGGCAAUUUGAUCUCUCAUGUCAUCUUGAAGGGUGAUAAUUAUUUAGCGUGGUCUCGCGCAAUCACACUAUCUCUGAAAUCUAGAAGGAAAUUCGGCUUUGUUGAUGGCACCAUUAACAAGCCUGCUGAGAAGAAGAAGCUUCUUGACUGGGAAACAGUCAAUUCAAUGUUGGUGUCAUGGGUUUUGCGUGCUAUCGAACCCAAAAUCGCUGCAUCAAUUCCCUACUUUGAAGAAGUCAAGAAACUCUGGGAUUAUCUCGAAAAGCGCUUUUGUGAAUCAAGUGGACCAAGACUUCAACAAUUGCGGGCGGCCAUAACAAAUUGCAAGCAAACGAAGGCAAUGUCGAUUGAGGAGUAUUAUACCACACUCAUGGGAUAUUAUGGUGACCUUCUUCGAUUAAAGCCCCCUCAUGGCUGUGAAUGUGGUAAAUGUGAAUGUGAUGUGGCUGCCAAGAUUGAAUUGGACAGGGAGGAAGAAAAGUUGCAUCAAUUUUGGGUUGGGAUCGAUGAUGACAAAUACUCUGUGGUGCGCACCAAUCUUCUUUCUCAACAGCCUCCUACCAGCCUUGAGCGUGCAUAUCAAGCAUUACUUCAAGAAGAACGAUCCCGCAACAUUGCUCAAUCGAAGUCGCAAACCGAGGACGCUCAUGUUUUUGCUCUUCUCCUUGAUCGAAAGUCUGUCCAAUCGUCUCAUCGAGUGGAUAAAUCUAAACUUUACUGCACUCAUUGCAAGCGCUCGGGACAUGAAAAUUCGGGUUGCUUUAUGCUUCACGGUUAUCCCGAUUGGUGGCUCGAGAAGUAUGGAAAAAAGGGGGGAGGGCCGUCUGCUGCCAGACCUUCUAGCUCUGCCCCUGCUGCUACUCUGUCUGCCGCGUCUGCUUCUGCUUCGACGGCUGCUGCUCCGCGCCACGCUGCUACUGACCAUGGCAAGGCAGUGGUGCGUGCCAUUGCUGUUGGGGGUGUAUCUUCUUCGCCCUCACCAGAUACUCUUUCUGCCCUCUCUGAUUUACAACCUGAGCAUAUCAAAAAUUCUGUUGAAUAUGGCCACCAACCGCCAACAGGAUAAAAUGUUGGGACCAACUCUCGGGGAGCCUGAUUGGAGGCGGUGAACGAAUAGAUGGACUCUACUACUUCCGGCGGCUACCUACAGUAUGUGCGGUGACAGUUCCGGGUCUUUCUGCUUUUGAGUUAUGGCAUCGUCGUCUGGGGCACCCAUCGGACAGAGUAGUCAAGUUAGUUCCUGCUAUUAGUUCUAGUUCUGAUAGAAAAACUUUGAAUAAAGCUUGUGAUAUUUGUCCACAAGCCAAACAAACUCGUGAUAGUUUUCCUGAUAGUGACAGUCGAGCUACUCAUACUGUAAAAUGUGUUCGUAGUGAUAAUGGUACGGAGUUCAAAUGUAUGAUUCCGUAUUUUAAUGAACGUGGCAUUCUAUUCCAAACUUCUUGUGUUGGCACUCCCCAACAAAAUGGGCGUAUUGAGCGCAAGCAUCAACAUAUUUUGAAUGUGAGUCGUGCUUUGAUGUUCCAAGGGAAUCUUCCUAUUGGCUUUUGGGGGGAAUGUGUGCUUGGUGCGGUUUACUUGAUUAAUCGUACUCCUACUCGUUUGUUGGGUAAUAAGACACCAUAUGAGCUUUUGUUUGGUUGUGAACCUAAUUUUGAUGAAUUGCGUGUGUUCGGUUGUCUAUGUUUCGCUCAUAAUCAACGGGCAAAAGGUGAUAAAUUUUCCCCAAGGAGUCGAAAAUGUGUGUUUUUGGGAUAUCCACAUGGUAAGAAAGGUUGGAAACUAUAUGAUCUAGAGUCGGGUGAUAUUUUUGUGUCUCGCGACGUUAAGUUCUUUGAGAAUGAGUUUCCCUUUGCUAUUGAUCAUCAUGUGUCUAAUGAAGAGGUCACUAGGUGGAUGUGGAUUUUUUGGAUGACU